UAAGAGGGUACAUACGCCGAUCAAAAUGCAAUAUAAUUCCCUCUGCUGUUGGCAUUAGCAAAGCACACACCACGCUUCAAUGGCGUGGGAACCCUCUCUGCCAAUGCUAAACCCAUACCAAGAUCGGCCGCAAAACAUUGUCAACACUCUUCGAAACCCUCAGAAUACUCGCAGACCCUUCCUUUCACCGGAACUGCAGAAUGAUAGUUCCUCAAAAUUUAAUCUUCCUGAGGGUUGGAUUGUGGAGGAAAGACCCCGUCGCUCUAACCCUACGCAUGUCGAUAGGUAUUACUAUGAGCCGCAUACCAGAAAGCAGUUUCGUUCUUUGUCAUCUGUUCAUAAAUAUCUAGCAGGAGAACCUGUUACUCGUAGUAGAAAAGGGAAAUCAAAGAAGGUAGACACUAAUCUUACUGAGUCUGGGGAAGCACAGCAAUCUAGUUCCAUGAGAGCUGUUUCUGAUUUCUUAUUAGAAGAAAAUACAAGUUCAACAGCACCGAAGUCCCCAAUGAAAUCAGGAGCUCGAGAGAAAAGAGUUUGUGGUACAAGAUAUGACGGAGAAUCCGUCUACAGACCCUCUUCAUUAACAAAAGAAGAGUUGUCAUGGAAAUACUACAUUCCCUCUAGGAAAUCUAUGAAGCUGGAUUAUCAGAAGAAAACCAUUUCAGAAAGCAGCGGAACCUCUGAGCAUAACCUAACUUCAUCACCACCAGCAAAAGUAAGCUGGGUUUUGUCUGGUCGCACAGGAAACUGGAACCCUAAGGUUGAUGGUUCUCCUGUGCCACCAUCAGAACAGGUCAACUGGUCCGAAGUAUUCGAACAAUCCAUCCGCCGUAAUGAUGGACCCAACAACUGAAGUUUCACAGCUGAUAUAUUAAUGAGAAUAUGCUGCCACCAUAGAGUGCAGAGAAUGAGAUUAUCUGUGGAACCUUAUCUUAAACUAUAUUCAGACAUUAUUCUAUUUCACCGAUGUAUUUUGUACCAUGCUGUUGUUAUUAGAUUGCUUAGCAACUUCUAAACUGUGUAAUGUUGUAGUUCUUGCAUCUUUAUUCUCUUCAAUCUUGUACUGUAUACUAACUGGUCUAUCCUAUAUGCAUGUGUUGGUAUUAAUAACUUUUUCAAGAA